AAACAAGCUCAGGUGUCGCCUCCCCCUGGUGUCCCUCCGCCCUGUGCCUCCCCCUUACCUCCCCACACUGAGUGUGAGACACAGGAGAGGGCAUUGCGGGAGGGGCAGCCCUGGCUGUCACCUGGCUGAGCUGGAGCAGAGUCAUCAGACAGGGUGAGAAAACUGGGGACAGAGGGUAUCUGAUGGGGAAGUAAAUACAUGUGAUGGGAGUGGGGGGAUAAAUUAAUCUAAUGAGUGUCAAUACAUGUUAUGAGGGGUUAAAUGCAUAUGAUGGGGUAACUGCUUGUGAGGGGUAAAUGCAUCUGAUAUGGGGUGGGGCUGUAAAAGGGGGAGGGAGAGGACAUGGAAAAGAAGUUACAGUAACAGCUGUUCAAACAAAAGCGAAAUGAAAUAUGGAACAGGUUGAAAAGCAGGAGUUGGGAAAAGUAUGGGAAUCAUGUCUCUAUGCUGAGAGAGUGAAUGUGGGAACAUUGUGGGUUCAUUAAUACACUGAGGGGAGAGGGGGAAUACAGUUAUCAGUGUUCCUUUAUCUGAUACUUAAUAUCAUAAUAAUAUUAUUAUAUACAAUGUGAUGGUGAAAAGAUAUGUCUCCAAACAAUACAAUUCAGUUUUGGACUAAAUAGAUCGAUCGAUAGCUAGAUAGACAGACCGACAGACAGACAGAUAAUUCAAACAGCCUUAAAACUGCUUCUCAUCUGUAAAUUAUGAGACAGAUAAUUAUUCCCAGAACUAAUGCAUUUCAUGGCUCACUUUAUUCAGCCUUAAAUGAUUGGAACUCAGUAUAAAGCUUGCUGGUGUUACUGUAUCACAGAUUGUCACAGAUUCCUUGUGUUGAUGUUCUGUGAUUGGAACUCAGUAUAAAGCUUGCUAGUGUUACUGUAUCACAGAUUGUCUGGGUCCGCUUGUGGUACGGUGAACACUUGUGGUCGGAACUCGAUAUAAAACUUGCUGGUGUUACUGGUAUCACAGAUUGUCACAGAUUCGCUUGUGUUGAUGUUCUGUGAUUGGAACUCAGUAUAAAGCUUGCUAGUGUUACUGUAUCACAGAUUGUCACAGAUUCCUUGUGUUGAUGUUCUGUGAUUGGAACUCAGUAUAAAGCUUGCUGGUGUUACUGUAUCACAGAUUGUCACAGAUUCCUUGUGUUGAUGUUCUGUGAUUGGAACUCAGUAUAAAGCUUGCUGAUGUUACUGUAUCACAGAUUGUCACAGAUUCCUUGUGUUGAUGUUCUGUGAUGGGAACUCAGUAUAAAGCUUACUGGUGUUACUGUACCACAGAUUGUCACAGAUUCCUUGUGUUGAUGUUCUGUGAUUUGAACUCAGUAUAAAGCUUGCUGGUGUUACUGUAUCACAGAUUGUCACAGAUUCCUUGUGAUGUUCUGGCGAUUGGAACUCUCAGUAUAAAGCUUUGCUGAAUUGUUACUGUAUCUACAGAUUGUCACGGAAAUUCCUUGUGUUGGCUGAUGAUGCUGUGAUUUGGAACUCGGUAUAAAAGCUUGCUGUGGUGUUGCAUGUAUCACAGAUUUGUCACAGAUUCCUUGUGUUUGAUGGUACUGUGAUUGGAACUCGGUAUAAAAGCUUGCUGGUGUUACUGUAUCCACAAUUGUCACAGGUCCUUGUUGAUGUUCUGUGAUAGAAUAGGCUCUAAGAAGCUUGCUGAAUGUUACUAUGUCUGAAUUGUGGAAUUCCCUUGUGUUGAUGUUCUGUGAUUGGAACUCAGUAUAAAGCUUGCUAGUGUUACUGUAUCACAGAUUGUCACAGAUUCCUUGUGUUGAUGUUCUGUGAUUGGAACUCAGUAUAAAGCUUGCUGGUGUUACUGUAUCACAGAUUGUCACAGAUUCCUUGUGUUGAUGUUCUGUGAUUGGGACUCAGUAUAAAGCUUACUGGUGUUACUGUACCACAGAUUGUCACAGAUUCCUUGUGUUGAUGUUCUGUGAUUGGAACUCGGUAUAAAGCUUGCUGGUGUUACUGUAUCACAGAUUGUCACAGAUUCCUUGUGUUGAUGUUCUGUGAUUGGAACUCAGUAUAAAGCUUGCUGGUGUUACUGUAUCACAGAUUGUCACAGAUUCCUUGUGUUGAUGUUCUGUGAUUGGAACUCAGUAUAAAGCUUGCUGGUGUUACUGUAUCACAGAUUGUCACAGAUUCCUUGUGUUGAUGUUCUGUGAUUGGAACUCAGUAUAAAGCUUGCUGGUGUUACUGUAUCACAGAUUGUCACAGAUUCCUUGUGUUGAUGUUCUGUGAUGGGAACUCAGUAUAAAGCUUGCUAGUGUUACUGUAUCACAGAUUGUCACAGAUUCCUUGUGUUGAUGUUCUGUGAUUGAAACUCAGUAUAAGGCUUGCUGGUGUUACUGUAUCACAGAUUGUCACAGAUUCCUUGUGUUGAUGUUCUGUGAUUGGAACUCAGUAUAAAGCUUGCUGGUGUUACUGUAUCACAGAUUGUCACAGAUUCCUUGUGUUGAUGUUCUGUGAUUGGGACUCAGUAUAAAGCUUACUGGUGUUACUGUACCACAGAUUGUCACAGAUUCCUUGUGUUGAUGUUCUGUGAUUGGAACUCGGUAUAAAGCUUGCUGGUGUUACUGUAUCACAGAUUGUCACAGAUUCCUUGUGUUGAUGUUCUGUGAUUGGAACUCAGUAUAAAGCUUGCUGGUGUUACUGUAUCACAGAUUGUCACAGAUUCCUUGUGUUGAUGUUCUGUGAUGGGAACUCAGUAUAAAGCUUGCUAGUGUUACUGUAUCACAGAUUGUCACAGAUUCCUUGUGUUGAUGUUCUGUGAUUGAAACUCAGUAUAAGGCUUGCUGGUGUUACUGUAUCACAGAUUGUCACAGAUUCCUUGUGUUGAUGUUCUGUGAUUGGAACUCAGUAUAAAGCUUGCUGGUGUUACUGUAUCACAGAUUGUCACAGAUUCCUUGUGUUGAUGUUCUGUGAUUGGAACUCAGUAUAAAGCUUGCUAGUGUUACUGUAUCACAGAUUGUCACAGAUUCCUUGUGUUGAUGUUCUGUGAUUGGAACUCAGUAUAAAGCUUGCUGGUGUUACUGUAUCACAGAUUGUCACAGAUUCCUUGUGUUGAUGUUCUGUGAUUGGAACUCAGUAUAAAGCUUGCUGGUGUUACUGUAUCACAGAUUGUCACAGAUUCCUUGUGUUGAUGUUCUGUGAUUGGAACUCAGUAUAAAGCUUGCUGGUGUUACUGUAUCACAGAUUGUCACAGAUUCCUUGUGUUGAUGUUCUGUGAUUGGAACUCAGUAUAAAGCUUGCUGGUGUUACUGUAUCACAGAUUGUCACAGAUUCCUUGUGUUGAUGUUCUGUGAUUGGAACUCAGUAUAAAGCUUGCUGGUGUUACUGUAUCACAGAUUGUCACAGAUUCCUUGUGUUGAUGUUCUGUGAUGGGAACUCAGUAUAAAGCUUGCUAGUGUUACUGUAUCACAGAUUGUCACAGAUUCCUUGUGUUGAUGUUCUGUGAUUGAAACUCAGUAUAAGGCUUGCUGGUGUUACUGUAUCACAGAUUGUCACAGAUUCCUUGUGUUGAUGUUCUGUGAUUGGAACUCAGUAUAAAGCUUGCUGGUGCUACUGUAUCACAGAUUGUCACAGAUUCCUUGUGUUGAUGUUCUGUGAUUGGAACUCAGUAUAAAGCUUGCUGGUGCUACUGUAUCACAGAUUGUCACAGAUUCCUUGUGUUGAUGUUCUGUGAUUGGAACUCAGUAUAAAGCUUGCUGGUGCUACUGUAUCACAGAUUGUCACAGAUUCCUUGUGUUGAUGUUCUGUGAUUGGAACUCAGUAUAAAGCUUGCUGGUGCUACUGUAUCACAGAUUGUCACAGAUUCCUUGUGUUGAUGUUCUGUGAUUGGAACUCAGUAUAAAGCUUGCUGGUGCUACUGUAUCACAGAUUGUCACAGAUUCCUUGUGUUGAUGUUCUGUGAUUGGAACUCAGUAUAAAGCUUGCUGGUGCUACUGUAUCACAGAUUGUCACAGAUUCCUUGUGUUGAUGUUCUAUGAUGGGGCUCAGAGUGCCUGUGAGUGAUGUUUUAAUACAGAGAGACUGGAGGCCGAGGAGACCGUGUUUAACCCCUUAAGGACACAUGACAUGUGUGACAUGUCAUGAUUCCCUUUUGUUCCAGAAGUUUGGUCCUUAAGGGGUUAAAGCUGGUACAGUGUGUGUGUAAUGAGGAUAACCUGCGAUCUCAGUGUGUGAUAUCCAGUGAUUACAAUGACAGUUUCUAAGUGAUAGGGUGUGUGACAUCCAGGACUGCUACAGUUUCAGGAUAUUGUAAGAACCCCACUAACGCAGGUCACUAUAACUACAGGGUGUCUGUCUGUCUGUCUGAUAAUGCUACAUAUUGCCCACAUGCUCAGAGAGCAAUAAGACAAUAUACAGGCAUAGUCCCACAGGAAGCCACUUUAGAAACAUCACAUUUCACCCUGGUACCCAGAAGGUGUCUAACUCUGCCUACAAUGCCCAUUCUAAUUCUUGCUUUUUACAUAGAGAUUGAAACAAUGUUUUAUGGGGAGGGGGCAAAGCUAUCCCAGGACAAAUCAUAUAUAAUGUCUAUAUACAGCAUAUAUCCACAAAGAGGUAUUAUGGUAACCGCCACUGUCAACAUUACUCUGGGAGCAAAGAAUCGGGACAUGUAGGGUGUUAGAGUUCUGUAGUCUUGCUCUAUACAGUAUGCAGAGUAUUUGAGUAUGCUAGUAUGUAACUGAGUAUUGCAAUAUGUUGUUAUGGUAUGCACUGCAUAGUACAGUACACUCACUGUGAUUGUCCUGAUAGGCAGAGUAUUAUAGAGUAUGUGGCUGAGUAUUGCAGUACACUCACUGUGAUUGUCCUGAUAGGCAGAGUAUUAUAGAGUAUGUGGCUGAGUAUUGCAGUACAAUCACUGUGAUUGUCCUGAUAGGCAGAGUAUUAUAGAGUAUGUGGCUGAGUAUUGCAGUACACUCACUGUGAUUGUCCUGAUAGGCAGAGUAUUAUAGAGUAUGUGGCUGAGUAUUGCAGUACACUCUCUGUGAUUGUCCUGAUAGGCAGAGUAUUAUAGAGUAUGUGGCUGAGUAUUGCAGUACACUCACUGUGAUUGUCCUGAUAGGCAGAGUAUUAUAGAGUAUGUGGCUGAGUAUUGCAGUACACUCACUGUGAUUGUCCUGAUAGGCAGAGUAUUAUAGAGUAUGUGGCUGAGUAUUGCAGUACACUCACUGUGAUUGUCCUGAUAGGCAGAGUAUUAUAGAGUAUGUGGCUGAGUAUUGCAGUACACUCACUGUGAUUGUCCUGAUAGGCAGAGUAUUAUAGAGUAUGUGGCUGAGUAUUGCAGUACACUCACUGUGAUUGUCCUGAUAGGCAGAGUAUUAUAGAGUAUGUGGCUGAGUAUUGCAGUACACUCACUGUGAUUGUCCUGAUAGGCAGAGUAUUAUAGAGUAUGUGGCUGAGUAUUGCAGUACACUCACUGUGAUUGUCCUGAUAGGCAGAGUAUUAUAGAGUAUGUGGCUGAGCAUUGCAGUACACUCACUGUGAUUGUCUUGAUAGGCAGAGUAUUAUAGAGUAUGUGGCUGAGCAUUGCAGUACACUCACUGUGAUUGUCCUGAUAGGCAGAGCAUUAUAGAGUAUGUGGCUGAGCAUUGCAGUACACUCACUGUGAUUGUCCUGAUAGGCAGAGCAUUAUAGAGUAUGUGGCUGAGUAUUGCAGUACACUCACUGUGAUUGUCUUGAUAGGCAGAGCAUUAUAGAGUAUGUGGCUGAGCAUUGCAGUACACUCACUGUGAUUGUCUUGAUAGGCAGAGUAUUAUAGAGUAUGUGGCUGAGUAUUGCAGUACACUCACUGUGAUUGUCUUGAUAGGCAGAGUAUUAUAGAGUAUGUGGCUGAGUAUUGCAGUACACUCACUGUGAUUGUCUUGAUAGGCAGAGUAUUAUAGAGUAUGUGGCUGAGCAUUGCAGUACACUCACUGUGAUUGUCCUGAUAGGCAGAGUAUUAUAGAGUAUGUGGCUGAGCAUUGCAGUACACUCACUGUGAUUGUCUUGAUAGGCAGAUUAUUACAGAGUAUUUUGCUGAGCAUUGCAGUAUUCACACAGUGAUUAUUUUGCUAUGCUGAGUUUAGCAAUAUGUUGCAGUACCAGGUCUGUUAUUACAUAGUUACAUAGUUGCACGUGUCCAUCAAGUUCAGCAUUUCUCACAUCUGUUUUUGCUGUUGAUCCAAAAGAAGGCAAAAAAAAACCCAAAACCAAAAAAUCCCCGCUUUGAAACACUUCCAAUUUGGCAACAAACUAGGAAAAAAUUCCUCCUUGACCCCAGAAUGGCAGUCAGAUAUCUCCUCGGAUCAAGAAGAUAUUUCCCCACCAAUUAUUAUGUCCCUGAAAAUUAUAUUUUUGCAAGUAAUUAUUAAUGUUUCAUUAUCCGGAGUAUUACAGAGUGUUGGGUAGUAUUGGAGAGUAUUUCUGAGUAUUGCAGUAUGCAUACUGUGACUGGUUUGCUAGACUGAGUAUAGCAGUAUGUAUCUCUUUUUGUGAUUAUCCCAGCAUUUGGAAUGCAGCAGAGUACUGCAGGUACUGCAGAGUAUUUUAGUAAUAUUGGUGUCAUUAUGUCUGUGCACAGUAGUACUGCAGAGUACCGCUGUUAUUGUUUCGGCAUGCAGAGUUUCGGAUGUAGUCAACUAAUGAUAACAUCUCUUAUCUUUUCCUGUAUCUCUCCCCCUCUGGCUAUAUACUCUGUAUAACCCUCUUUUCUGAGUUUAUCUCUCACAUUUAUCUGUUUCCUUUAUAUUUCUUCAGAAAUCAGUUAUCUCAGAGACCUACAAGCUUUCACAAUGUGAAUUGUUGUGUUAUGAUAUCACUAACAUGUUACAGAUUGUUGCGUAGGAACCUAUUGAUUUAUUUCAAUAGACUUCUUUUUAAUGUUUUGGGAGCUAAAGAUCUCCGGAGACUCAGAAGCCCCAAAAUACCCUAUUUCAGUGAUUCUUAAACUUUUUUUGACUCUUUCCAAAUUACAUACAUUUGGGCUAGUUUGGUAAUCCAUUCUUUAGUUAUACAAUUAAUAUAUAAUCAUGAUAAUAUUAGUUGUAUAUUCACCAUCAGUAUUGUAUACAUUAUUGUGUGUAUGUGCAUAUAUAUAUAUAUAUAUAUCUCAUGCUCAGCCUUUUAUUUUAUUGGUACAUCAUGUUUCAGAAUUCCAUAUGCUAACAUAAUGAACAGGUAAUAAUACAUGGAUAGGGUUCCCGACUGUUUCACUUUCGGCGGGACAGUUUUGGGGGCUUGAAAUUGUUCGGAAUUAAUUCCCUGAUGUCCCGCAUUCGGGAGCACCAGGGAACUGUUUUUGAUCUUGCAAGUAGGUGGCCGACCACGAUCAAAUAUCAAAAAUAUAUCAAUAUACCAAAAUAUUAAAUCAUUUUAAAAGUUUAUCCGAAAAUAUUAAAUCAUCUGAAAAGCUUAUGCAAUAAUAGCAAAUCUUGGUUUGGCUUGUUUUCCUGCAAGUAAAUGAAUAAGAAACUUGUGGACCCACGAAAGUUUGUAUUGUCCUUGUGCUAAGGGCAGGUUACUGUAAAUGCAUUAUAGCUCAGCUUGGAUGUAGUAUGUGUGUAUAGGAUGCAGUUUGUGUAAAUGGAAUGCAGUAUGUGUGUAUAGGAUGCAGUUUGUGUAAAUGGAAUGUAGUAUGUGUGUAUAGGAUGCAGUUUGUAUAUAUGCAAUGCAGUAUGUGUGUAUAGGAUGCAGUUUGUAUAUAUGCAAUGUAGUAUGUGUGUAUAGGAUGCAGUUUGUAUAUAUGCAAUGUAGUAUGUGUGUAUAAGAUGCAGUUUGUGUAUAUGGAAUGCAGUAUGUGUGUAUAGGAUGCAGUUUGUAUAUAUGCAAUGUAGUAUGUGUGUAUAGGAUGCAGUUUGUAUAUAUGCAAUGUAGUAUGUGUGUAUAAGAUGCAGUUUGUGUAUAUGGAAUGCAGUAUGUGUGUAUAGGAUGCAGUUUGUAUAUAUGCAAUGUAGUAUGUGUGUAUAGGAUGCAGUUUGUAUAUAUGGAAUGCAGUAUGUGUGUAUGGAAUGUAGUAUAGGGGUAUAGGACGCAGUGUGCUUAUAUGGAAUGGAGUAUGUGUGUAGAGGAUGCAGUUUGUGUAUAUAGAGGUAUCAUUAGUAAAGGAGACACUGAAUAAGCGUUGGGAGAGAUAAGAGGAAAACCACGAGAGGAUAGAGCCACAGACACCGAGUGAUUGAAGAGUUUGAAGGAGAGCAUGAUCAACGGUGUCAAAGGCAGCAGAGAGGUCAGGAAGAAUUAGUAUGGAGUAGUGACCUUUGGAUUUAGCUGCGAUUAGGUCCUUAGUAACUUUUAUAAGUGCAGUCUCAGUAGAGUGGAUAGGGCAGAUGCCAGAUUAAAGAGGGUCAAGGAGAGAGUUGGAAUUGAGGAAGUGAGACAUAUGGGUAAAGACAAGUCUUUCCAGAAGUUUUGAGGAAAAAGGGAGCAGGGAUAUGGGACGAUAGUUAGAGGGGAGGACUGGUCAGGAGAUUUUUUUUUCAGGAUUGGUAGAGUGGCAUGUUUAAGGUCAGCAGGGACAACGCUAGAAGGGAGAGCGCAGUUGAAGACGUGUGUUAAGGAAGGCACAAGACAAGGAGAGCGAAAUCUGAUAGUUGGGACAGGAUCGAGUGCGCCAGUGAUGGGGCGAGAGGAAAAGAGAAGCGCAGCCACCUCUUGUUCAGUAGCCGGGGAGAAAGUUUGAAGGGUUGGAAAGGCAUGAUCUACAUGUGGCUGAGAAAGAGAAUGGCAAGGUGGGGAGAAUUAUUUUCUUAGCUGUUCAAUUUUGUUGGUAAAGUAGCAUGCAAAGCUCCUGGCUGGAAGGUUAGUUUGGGGGUUGGUCACAGCAGGGUGAAGAAGAAAGUUAAAGGUGUCAAAGAGACAACUGGGAUUGUGGGAGCAUGAACUAAUGACAGAGGAAAAGUAUGACUGUUUGGUGAGGGCAAGGGCUGCGCUGUAUGAACACAAUAUGGAUCUAUAAUGGAGAAAGUCUGAAUGGGUGGGAGACUGGUGGUGAUCAGAGAGAGGAAAUGGAGUAUUGCAGAUAUUAAAUAUUGUACAUGCAUAAGAGAAAAUUAGGUCAAGGGUAUUGCCAGCUACAUGGGUGGGAAAUUAGGCCACUGUGAUAGCCCUAGGGAGGAAGUAAUUGAAAGUAGUUUAGAGGCUGCAGAGGUCAAAGGUGGGUUAAUAGGAAUAUUGAAGUCCCCGAGAGUUAGGGAUGGAAUAUUAGAAGACAGGAAGUAGGGUAGCCAGGCAGCAAAGUGGUCAAGGAAGAGGAGAGGGGAACCAGGGGGACGAUAGAUAAUGAAUGAUAUGGAUGUCUGCACAAAUUGGUCAUAGAAUGUGAUCUGAUCAUCAUCUAAGUCACAACAAUAGACAAUCACUGUCUGCUUAAACUAAUAACACACAAAGAAUGAAAUGUUGCCAUGUUUUUAUUAAACACACCAUGUAAACAUUCACAGUGCAGGUGGAAUAAGUAUGUGAACCCUUGGUUUUAAUAACUGGUUGAACCUCCUUUGGCAGCAGGAACUUCAACCAAACGUUUCCUGUAGUUGCAGAUCAGACGUGCACAACGGUCAGGAGUAAUUUUUGACCAUUCCUCUUUACAGAACUGUUUCAGUUCAGCAAUAUUCUUGGGAUGUCUGGUGUGAAUCGCUUUCUUGAGGUCAUGCCACAGCAUCUCAAUUGGGUUGAGGUCAGGACUCUGACUGGGCCACUUCAGAAGGUGUAUUUUCUUCUGUUUAAGCCAUUCUGUUGUUGAUUUACUUCUAUGCUUUGGGUCAUUGUCCUGUGCAACACCCAUCUUCUGUUGAGCUUCAGCUGGUAGACAGAUGGCCUUAAGUUCUCCUGCAAAAUGUCUUGAUAAACUUGGGAAUUCAUUUUUCCUUUGAUGAUAGCAAUCCGUCCAGACCCUGACGCAGCAAAGCAGCCCCAAACCAUGAUGCCCCCAUCACCAUACUUCACAGUUGGGAUGAGAUUUUGAUGUUGGUGUGCUGUGCCUUUUUUUUGCCACACAUAGUGUUGUGUGUUUCUUCCAAACAACUCAACUUUGGUUUCAUCUGUCCACAGAAUAUUUUGCCUGUACUGCUGUGGAACAUUCCAGGUGCUCUUGUGCAAACUGUAAACGUGCAGCAAUGUUUUGUUUGGACAGCAGUGGCUUCCUCUGUGGUAUCCUCCCAUGAAAUCCAUUCUUGUUUAGUGUUUUACGUAUUGUAGAUUUUCUAACAGGGAUGUUAGCAUUUGCCAGUGACUUUUGUAAGUCUUUAGCAGACACUUUAGGAUUCUUCUUCACCUCAUUGAGCAGUCUGCGCUGUGCUCUUGCAGUCAUCUUUACAGGACAGCCACUCCUACGGAGAGUAGCAGCAGUGCUGAACUUUCUCCAUUUAUAGACAAUUUGUCUUACCGUGGACUGAUGAACAGCAAGGCUUUUGGAGAUACUUUUAUAACCCUUUCCAGCUUUAUACAAGUCAACAAUUCUUAAUCGUAGGUCUUCUGAGAGCUUUUUGUGCGAGGCAUCAUUUACAUCAGGCAAUGCAUCUUGUGAAAAGCAAACCCAGAACUGGUGUGUAUUUUUUAUAGGGCAGGGCAGCUGUAACCAACACCUCCAAUCUCAUCUCAUUGAUUGGACUCCAGUUGGCUGACAUCUCACUCCAGCACUGUGAAUGUUUACAUGGUAUGUUCAAUAAAAACAAGGCAACAUUUCAUUCUUUGUGUGUUAUUAGUUUAAGCAGACUGUGAUUGUCUAUUGUUGUGACUUAGAUGAUGAUCAGAUCACAUUUUAUGACCAAUUUGUGCAGAAAUCCACAUCAUUCCAAAGGGUUCACAUACUUUUUCUUGCAACUGUAUGUGUAGCUAGGGGCUGUAGUGUGUGUGUGUAUAUAGGUGACAAAGUGUGUGUAGGGGUUGUAGAGAGUGUGUGUUUAGAGAAUGAAGUAUGUGUUUGCUUACAAGGAAUGUAGUGUGUGCAUAGGGGAUCCAGAGUUUGUAUGUCAGGAAUGUAGUGUGUGUAUGUGGUGCAGUGUGUGUGCGUGUAGGGGAUCUAGUGUGUAAAGGACCCAGAGUGUGUAUAGGAGAUCGUGUGUGUGUGUGUCUGCAUGUAGAGGAUUCAGAGUGUAUAUAGGGAUCUAAUGUGUGUAUAGAUUAGAUGAUCCAGAGUUGGGUAAAGGAACUAGCGUGUAUCUGGAGCAUAAUGUGUGUAGCAGUGCAGUGUGAGGGGUGCUGUAGUAUAUAUAUAUAUAUAUGUUUGGAUGUUUUGUAUGUGUGACGGGUGCAGCAUGUGUGUGUGAGGGGUGCAGUGUGUGUAUAAGAGGGGUGCAGUGUGUGUGUAAGAGGGGUGCUGUGUUUUUGAGGGUGUUCUUAAUAGUGUGAGGGUGCUGUGUGUGUGAGGGUGCUGUGCGUGUCUGAGGGUGCUGUAUGUAAGGGUGCUGUUUGUGUGUGAAGGUGUUGUGUCUGAGGGUGCUGUGGGUGUGCUGUGUGAGUGUGCUAUUAGUGUGAGUGUGCUGUGUGUCUUAAUAUGUCUGGAGGGAUUGUGUGUGUGUGAGGGGGCAAGAUGUAAAUAUAUUAAAUGUUUUUUUAAAUAAAAAAAACAUAAACUUUAUAUCCCCCCUCCCUUCUUACCUUUAUCUUGGGUGGGUGCCGUGCUGCAGUCCCUGGUGGACCUAGUGGUGAGUGAACUCUACCCUGCAGUUCCACUCUCGCGAGAUCUGAGUGUUGCCGUGGUAACCGCAGCAACUCUCCGACUUCACGAGAGGAACCUGGAGGAGCUGCAGGGUAGAGCUCCACCGAGUCCUCCUUUCCCUGCCCAGCCAGCGGCAGAUCUUUGAUCUCCCCACCAGCCCACGAAGGCACACAGCAGGGCCGGCGCUCGGAUAGCGCGGGCCCUGUAUGGGCCGACCGGAGAGAUCCUGUGAUCUCCCCUUCCAGCCUCGGCCCAUGGCCAUUGCGGCCCACCGGGUAUUUGCCCGGUAUGCCCGAUGGCCAGUGCGGGCCUGUCUAUAAGUAUGGUAACAACCAUGGGGUGGGGUGAGGAGCGUGGGCAGCCUUCCAGAGAUAAUACCUCUGCUUAGGUGUUUCUGCAGUGCUUGAAUGCUUGUGAAUACUAGGUGUUGCUAAUCAAUGCUGUUAUAUGAGGCCCAGUCUAAAAUAAAAGGUCUGGGGUUAGAAAACAGAAAAGACCCACACCAUUAUGGGUGGGGAGACAUGGAGGUGGGGAGACAUAUUCCAUGUAUAUGGAAUGUAGUAUGCGUGUAUAGGAUGCAGUUUGUGUGUAUGGAAUGUAGUUUGUGUAUGUAAAAUAUAGUAUGUAUGUAUGGGAUGCAGUUUGUGUAUAGGAUGCAGUGUGCGUGUGUGUAGGAUAUAAUUCAUGCCUUAAGGUGCAUUUUGAUAUUUUUAUAUUUGCAUAAUCAUUGUGAAUUAUUGGAAGUUCGUCACUGAGUCUUAAGCCAUUGUUCAUCUAUGUCUGUUGAUUCAGAUAUAUCACUAAGAUGCACUUUUUGAUGAAGCAUGACGACUUAAUAUUCUGAAAGAAGCUCUGGUCUUUGGAAUGAGAGCACUCGUACAUUCAUACAUGGAGUAUACUAAAUGUGUGAGGCCAAAUGCAUGGAGUGAAUUGACUGCGUGUGUGAGGUGAAUUGUAUGUGUGGUGUGUGCUGAGUGUGUGAGGUGAAUUGUAUGUGUGGUGUGUACUGAGUGUGUGAGGUGAAUUGUAUGUGUGGUGUGUAAUGAGUGUGUGAGGUGAAAUGUAUGUGUGGUGUGUACUGAGUGUGUGAGGUGAAAUGUAUGUGUGGUGUGUACUGAGUGUGUGAUGUGAAUUGUAUGUGUGGUGUGUACUGAGUGUGUGAGGUGAAAUGUAUGUGUGGUGUGUACUGAGUGUGUGAGGUGAAAUGCAUGUGUGGUGUGUACUGAUUGAGUGUGUGAGGUGAAUUGUAUGUGUGGUGUGUACUGAUUGAGUGUGUGAGGUGAAAUGUAUGUAUGGAGUGUACUGACUGAGUGUGUGAGGUGAAAUACAUGCAUGGAGUGUACUCAAUGAGUGUGAGGAUGAUAUGAAUCUAUGAUUUUGAAUGUGAGGGAGAAUUCCUGUGUGUGCUAAUGCACUAAGUGCACGGGGUUGAAUCAGGGUUCUAGUGCAAGCCCAGUUCACUUACUAUUUUUGCAGAAGGAACUGAGUUCCUAGAAUUCUUACAGUGAAUGGAGAAGAACUGAUUACAGUACAGAAUCAUUUAUACAGGGCAUGUGACAUCUUAAACUUGCAGAGAAACAAUUUAAGAAAUGCUCUACCUGCAUUUUAUCCUAGUUCCCAGUCUGUACUUUGAGCACUCUGUCUCACAUUAAUGAGGAGACUUGAAGGAUCAUUGUUAGGGGGUUAUUAAAGUCUAACAGAAUGCCACUUAGGCUCAAAAUGUAAAUGUGAGGGUGGGUGGUUAAAGGUGGAAUAAUGCAAAUAAUAAAUGGGAAAGGUUGCAAACUUGAGGAGUUCCCAUAAGACUAGGAUGCCCAACAUGCGGCCCACCGGACAUGAAGGUGCGGCCUGUGUGAGAUCUGCAGUGGUAACCAUACCUCCAAUUGCUGACUGCACAUGACAUGUUAAACUCGAAGCAGAGUUGGGGACACGUGACGUGUUAAAUUUGAAGCAGCGUCGGGGACACAGAGCGACGCAGAAAGUGUAGUGCGCAUAACUCUUCCCCUACCCUGUGUGUGAAGUCAUGCACAGGGGUCCGAGGGAAGUAAGUCAGGAGCGCACAACGAUUAACCCGGUAUUAACAGGCAUUACACAGCUACAAGGCCAUAUUUUAUCUCAGUGAAAAAUGGGUGCAGUCAACGCACACAAACAUUUUUGAUGAAGUGUCCAACUGCCGGAAAAAAACCUGGGCACUCCUGCCAUAAGACUUGAACCCUGGGUAGUAUAUGUAUGGAUGGAUGUGUACUGAUUAUGGGAGGUGGAAUGGUUGUAUGAGAGUGAACUGUAUGUGGGGUAAUAAAAUGUAUGCAUGGGUGCACUCUAUGGGGAUAUAUAUACAGUUACAAGAAAAAGUAUGUGAACCCUUUGGAAUGAUAUGGAUUUCUGCACAAAUUGGUCAUAAAAUGUGAUCUGAUCAUUAUCUAAGUCACAACAAUAUACAAUCACAGCCUGCUUAAACUAAUAACACACAAAGAAUGAAAUGUUGCCAUGUUUUUAUUGAACACACCAUGUAAACAUUCACUCCAGCACUGUGAAUGUUUACAUGGUAUGUUCAAUAAAAACAAGGCAACAUUUCAUUCUUUGUGUGUUAUUAGUUUAAGCAGACUGUGAUUGUCUAUUGUUGUGACUUAGAUGAUGAUCAGAUCACAUUUUAUGACCAAUUUGUGCAGAAAUCCAUAUCAUUCCAAAGGGUUCACAUACUUUUUCUUGCAACUGUAUGUGUAGCUAGGGGCUGUAGUGUGUGUGUGUAUAUAGGUGACAAAGUGUGUGUAGGGGUUGUAGAGAGUGUGUGUUUAGAGAAUGAAGUAUGUGUUUGCUUACAAGGAAUGUAGUGUGUGCAUAGGGGAUCCAGAGUUUGUAUGUCAGGAAUGUAGUGUGUGUAUGUGGUGCAGUGUGUGUGCGUGUAGGGGAUCUAGUGUGUAAAGGACCCAGAGUGUGUAUAGGAGAUCGUGUGUGUGUGUGUCUGCAUGUAGAGGAUUCAGAGUGUAUAUAGGGAUCUAAUGUGUGUAUAGAUUAGAUGAUCCAGAGUUGGGUAAAGGAACUAGCGUGUAUCUGGAGCAUAAUGUGUGUAGCAGUGCAGUGUGAGGGGUGCUGUAGUAUAUAUAUAUAUAUAUGUUUGGAUGUUUUGUAUGUGUGACGGGUGCAGCAUGUGUGUGUGAGGGGUGCAGUGUGUGUAUAAGAGGGGUGCAGUGUGUGUGUAAGAGGGGUGCUGUGUUUUUGAGGGUGUUCUUAAUAGUGUGAGGGUGCUGUGUGUGUGAGGGUGCUGUGCGUGUCUGAGGGUGCUGUAUGUAAGGGUGCUGUUUGUGUGUGAAGGUGUUGUGUCUGAGGGUGCUGUGGGUGUGCUGUGUGAUUGUGCUAUUAGUGUGAGUGUGCUGUGUGUCUUAAUAUGUCUGGAGGGAUUGUGUGUGUGUGAGGGGGCAAGAUGUAAAUAUAUUAAAUGUUUUUUUAAAUAAAAAAAACAUAAACUUUAUAUCCCCCCUCCCUUCUUACCUUUAUCUUGGGAGGGUGCCGUGCUGCAGUCCCUGGUGGACCUAGUGGUGAGUGAACUCUACCCUGCAGUUCCACUCUCGCGAGAUCUGAGUGUUGCCGUGGUAACCGCAGCAACUCUCCGACUUCACGAGAGGAACCUGGAGGAGCUGCAGGGUAGAGCUCCACCGAGUCCUCCUUUCCCUGCCCAGCCAGCGGCAGAUCUUUGAUCUCCCCACCAGCCCACGAAGGCACACAGCAGGGCCGGCGCUCGGAUAGCGCGGGCCCUGUAUGGGCCGACCGGAGAGAUCCUGUGAUCUCCCCUUCCAGCCUCGGCCCAUGGCCAUUGCGGCCCACCGGGUAUUUGCCCGGUAUGCCCGAUGGCCAGUGCGGGCCUGUCUAUAAGUAUGGUAACAACCAUGGGGUGGGGUGAGGAGCGUGGGCAGCCUUCCAGAGAUAAUACCUCUGCUUAGGUGUUUCUGCAGUGCUUGAAUGCUUGUGAAUACUAGGUGUUGCUAAUCAAUGCUGUUAUAUGAGGCCCAGUCUAAAAUAAAAGGUCUGGGGUUAGAAAACAGAAAAGACCCACACCAUUAUGGGUGGGGAGACAUGGAGGUGGGGAGACAUAUUCCAUGUAUAUGGAAUGUAGUAUGCGUGUAUAGGAUGCAGUUUGUGUGUAUGGAAUGUAGUUUGUGUAUGUAAAAUAUAGUAUGUAUGUAUGGGAUGCAGUUUGUGUAUAGGAUGCAGUGUGCGUGUGUGUAGAAUAUAAUUCAUGCCUUAAGGUGCAUUUUGAUAUUUUUAUAUUUGCAUAAUCAUUGUGAAUUAUUGGAAGUUCGUCACUGAGUCUUAAGCCAUUGUUCAUCUAUGUCUGUUGAUUCAGAUAUAUCACUAAGAUGCACUUUUUGAUGAAGCAUGACGACUUAAUAUUCUGAAAGAAGCUCUGGUCUUUGGAAUGAGAGCACUCGUACAUUCAUACAUGGAGUAUACUAAAUGUGUGAGGCCAAAUGCAUGGAGUGAAUUGACUGCGUGUGUGAGGUGAAUUGUAUGUGUGGUGUGUGCUGAGUGUGUGAGGUGAAUUGUAUGUGUGGUGUGUACUGAGUGUGUGAGGUGAAUUGUAUGUGUGGUGUGUAAUGAGUGUGUGAGGUGAAAUGUAUGUGUGGUGUGUACUGAGUGUGUGAGGUGAAAUGUAUGUGUGGUGUGUACUGAGUGUGUGAUGUGAAUUGUAUGUGUGGUGUGUACUGAGUGUGUGAGGUGAAAUGUAUGUGUGGUGUGUACUGAGUGUGUGAGGUGAAAUGCAUGUGUGGUGUGUACUGAUUGAGUGUGUGAGGUGAAUUGUAUGUGUGGUGUGUACUGAUUGAGUGUGUGAGGUGAAAUGUAUGUAUGGAGUGUACUGACUGAGUGUGUGAGGUGAAAUACAUGCAUGGAGUGUACUCAAUAAGUGUGAGGAUGAUAUGAAUCUAUGAUUUUGAAUGUGAGGGAGAAUUCCUGUGUGUGCUAAUGCACUAAGUGCACGGGGUUGAAUCAGGGUUCUAGUGCAAGCCCAGUUCACUUACUAUUUUUGCAGAAGGAACUGAGUUCCUAGAAUUCUUACAGUGAAUGGAGAAGAACUGAUUACAGUACAGAAUCAUUUAUACAGGGCAUGUGACAUCUUAAACUUGCAGAGAAACAAUUUAAGAAAUGCUCUACCUGCAUUUUAUCCUAGUUCCCAGUCUGUACUUUGAGCACUCUGUCUCACAUUAAUGAGGAGACUUGAAGGAUCAUUGUUAGGGGGUUAUUAAAGUCUAACAGAAUGCCACUUAGGCUCAAAAUGUAAAUGUGAGGGUGGGUGGUUAAAGGUGGAAUAAUGCAAAUAAUAAAUGGGAAAGGUUGCAAACUUGAGGAGUUCCCAUAAGACUAGGAUGCCCAACAUGCGGCCCACCGGACAUGAAGGUGCGGCCUGUGUGAGAUCUGCAGUGGUAACCAUACCUCCAAUUGCUGACUGCACAUGACAUGUUAAACUCGAAGCAGAGUUGGGGACACGUGACGUGUUAAAUUUGAAGCAGCGUCGGGGACACAGAGCGACGCAGAAAGUGUAGUGCGCAUAACUCUUCCCCUACCCUGUGUGUGAAGUCAUGCACAGGGGUCCGAGGGAAGUAAGUCAGGAGCGCACAACGAUUAACCCGGUAUUAACAGGCAUUACACAGCUACAAGGCCAUAUUUUAUCUCAGUGAAAAAUGGGUGCAGUCAACGCACACAAACAUUUUUGAUGAAGUGUCCAACUGCCGGAAAAAAACCUGGGCACUCCUGCCAUAAGACUUGAACCCUGGGUAGUAUAUGUAUGGAUGGAUGUGUACUGAUUAUGGGAGGUGGAAUGGUUGUAUGAGAGUGAACUGUAUGUGGGGUAAUAAAAUGUAUGCAUGGGUGCACUCUAUGGGGAUAUAUAUACAGUUACAAGAAAAAGUAUGUGAACCCUUUGGAAUGAUAUGGAUUUCUGCACAAAUUGGUCAUAAAAUGUGAUCUGAUCAUUAUCUAAGUCACAACAAUAUACAAUCACAGCCUGCUUAAACUAAUAACACACAAAGAAUGAAAUGUUGCCAUGUUUUUAUUGAACACACCAUGUAAACAUUCACAGUGCAGAUGGAAAAAGUAUGUGAACCCUUAGACUAAUGACAUCUCCAAGAGCUAAUUGGAGUGAGAUGUCAGCCAACUGGAGUCCAAUCAAUGAGAUGAGAUUGGAGGUGUUGGUUACAGCUGCCCUAUAAAAAACACACACCAGUUCUGGGUUUGCUUUUCACAAGAAUCAUUGCCUGAUGUGAAUGAUGCCUCGCACAAAAGAGCUAUCAGAAGACCUACGAUUAAGAAUUGUUGACUUGCAUAAAGCUGGAAAGGGUUAUAAAAGUAUCUCCAAAAGCCUUGCUGUUCAUCAGUCCACGGUAAGACAAAUUGUCUAUAAAUGGAGAAAGUUCAGCACUGCUGCUACUCUCCCUAGGAGUGGCCGUCCUGUAAAGAUGACUGCAAGAGCACAGCGCAGACUGCUCAAUGAGGUGAAGAAGAAUCCUAAAGUGUCUGCUAAAGACUUACAAAAGUCACUGGCAAAUGCUAACAUCCCUGUUAGCGAAUCUACAAUACGUAAAACACUAAACAAGAAUGGAUUUCAUGGGAGGAUACCACAGAGGAAGCCACUGAUGUCCAAACAAAACAUUGCUGCACGUUUACAGUUUGCACAAGAGCACCUGGAUGUUCCACAGCAGUACUAGCAAAAUAUUCUGUGGACAGAUGAAACCAAAGUUGAGUUGUUUGGAAGAAACACACAACACUAUGUGUGGCGAAAAAAAGGCACAGCACACCAACAUCAAAACCUCAUUCCAACUGUGAAGUAUGGUGGUGGGGGCAUCAUGGUUUGGGGCUGCUUUGCUGCGUCAGGGCCUGGACAGAUUACUAUCAUCGAAGGAAAAAUGAAUUCCCAAGUUUAUCAAGACAUUUUGCAGGAGAACUUAAGGCCAUCUGUCUACCAGCUGAAGCUCAACAGAAGAUGGGUGUUGCAACAGGACAAUGACCCAAAGCAUAGAAGUAAAUCAGAAGAAAAUACACCUUAUGAAGUGGCCCAGUCAGAGUCCUGACCUCAACCUGAUUAAGAUGCUGUGGCAUGACCUCAAGAAAGCGAUUCACACCAGACAUCCCAAGAAUAUUGCUGAACUGAAACAGUUCUGUAAAGAGGAAUGGUCAAGAAUUACUCCUGACCGUUGUGCACGUCUGAUCUGCAACUACAGGAAACGUUUGGUUGAAGUUAUUGCUGCCAAAAGAGGUUCAACCAGUUAUUAAAUCCAAGGGUUCACAUACUUUUUCCACCUGCACUGUGAAUGUUUACAUGGUGUGUUCAAUAAAAACAUGGCAACAUUUCAUUCUUUGUGUGUUAUUAGUUUAAGCAGACUGUGAUUGUCUAUUGUUGUGACUUAGAUGAUGAUCAGAUCACAUUUUAUGACCAAUUUGUGCUGAAAUCCAUAUCAUUCCAAAGGGUUCACAUACUUUUUCUUGCAACUGUGGAUGUGCAGUGUGUGUGUAUUGGGGUGUACUGAGUGCUUGAUACAUGCAAUGUAUGUAUUGGGGUAUAAUGGUGUAUGGAGUGUGCAUUGUGUGUAUUUAGAGUGUAAUUGGAAGGGAAUACUCUGUAUGUGGGACUGGAAGGUGUCUCUUUGUUAAUCUUUUGUGCAAUGUCGUUUUUUAGGGAAUGUAUGUCUUGCCUGUGUUAGUAUGUGCAGUAUGUGCGGUAUGUGCAAUAUGUGUGUGCAGGAAGUGUAAUAAUGUUUAUACUUGGUAUGGGCACGGUUUAUAGGGAAUGUGUAAACAAUGUAUAUUCACAGAAGUGGGAUAGUGUUUGACACAGUAUCCUGAGAUAUUACACAGAAUCUGACAGAGGGGAAAACUUGGAAUCUGAUAAACAUGGACACUUGUUGUUUUUCGGGGGUUAUUUUACAAGAUCUGUAUUGUACAUGAACAAAGUAUUUAAUGUAUGGAGAGUGUAUAUGGCAUGUGCAGUAGUAUAAAGUGUAUCAUUCUUUAAUCAGUGAAUUGCAGUGAAUUAAAACCCAAAUUUCCAAUAUGUAAUGUCAAAAUAACCGUGAUGGGGAAAUGACCCAGACGUUCCGAGGGCAUUCUAUUGGUUUUUAUUUCUGAUCACUUGACUGUUUAGUGAAUAAGCGUUGUCACAUGUCUUGUAUGUGGAAAAACAUGUUUUUGUUCUGUGUCCGGCGACUGGAAAUAUUUGUCUAUGUUUACACACGACGAGGAUUGGGCAAGGAAAAUGUACAAAUAGCUGACUUAUGUCUGUUAACCAGGCAGUCUACAAGCAGAUAUACAUAUAUAACUUACAAAGAAAAUGACAGUAUAUUUCUUUCCCAAAAUUUUUUAUAAAUAGAUUUUUUUAAAAACCAUUUUGUUAUUAGAGAUUUUACAUACUAAUAGAAAGAAAAUAAAUGUUAACGAGUAAUAAAUACUAUAUAUAAAUAAUAGAUACUUUGUGGCAAUAGAUUGAUUUGAUGGAGGGGAAACAGAAAAAAAAUGAGAGAUUUAGCUGUCUUUUUUCCCUGAAAAGUGCUGAAAAAUGUAAAAGGCGUGAGUUCGUUGGUUCAUUUUGCCACUUUUAGUACUUUGUACAGCUUUUUAUACCACAACAACAUACCUCCUAACAUCAGGACAGGGGUUUGGCAGCUUAAAGCCAACCCUGGAUGGCUAAAAAGGAGCCCAAUAAUCCUUGUUUUACUUAUAACCGAUUGAUAUAUAGAAAAAAUAUAUAUAAGGCCGGAUUCUGGACAUUGGUGCACCCAUGGCUCCCCCACGGUUUUUCACAAUGCAGACUGCCAGCUGCAAAGGACAAUGACUGACAGGGAGCUAAGAUGGUGGCACACAGUUCCAGGAUAAUAAAAAAAAAAAUUAAAAGUGGAUUCCUACGUUUAAUUUUAUUUUUCAGACUUCACGUAUAUGUUAAAUUUUGAAUAUAAAUAAAAAAUAAUAUUAAAAAAUCUGAUAUCUAUUCACUAUUUUUCACAAUGAUGCAGAUUCAUUAUGUUUUUUAUGUUUUUGUUGUGAAAGCACAAAUGUGAAAUAUAAUUAAUUAUCAUUUUUGUCACACUCCGUUCAGAAGUUAAAAAUAUUUUUUAGGUGAUAGCACUACAAUAUGCUUUCCUAAAUGGGUGCUUUCAUUUUUUUAUGGCAUAGAUGUAAUGUGAUAUAGAAUAUACAUAAAUAAACAUUAUCAGUUAGACCUAACAAAGAGAACUAUGAAUAAAUGUGUGUAUUUUGUUUAUAAAAGAAGCCGUCACCUUGAAACUGUUUUUUUCCCGUGAUGCCAUGGAAUCAAACAGAAUUGUGGGAAUAAAUGCCAGGCUGAGCCUAAACUUGCGAGUUACAGUAAAACAUUUUUUUUUUUUGAAUAAAAAUAAAUAAAAAAUAUUUUUUACAGCACAAUUUUUAUCUGCCAGUAACAUUAUAAUGUGUCCUUAAUUCCAAAAUUACACGUUUCAUUAAUAGCAGCCCAAUAACUUGAAUCACUAAUGGAAAACUGUGACUUAGUCACAUUAUAUGUCCAUCAUGGUUAUAUAACUGACAAACUGACGCUUUGCAUUUAAAGUUAAAUAAACUUGGCUUCCGUGCCUGUAAUAAAAUAUUUAAAAUUCUUUUACCAGUAUAUUAUAAUCCACGCAAGCGGCAAAUUAAGAAUAAUAUUCCAUUAUAUAAUAGGAACAAAUCCUCAUUUUUAGUAUAAUUUGUAGCUUGUAUUGCGUGUCUGUUUUCUGACUCUAUUUUGUUUUAUUUAUAAAUAAAUAAGGAUUUUUUGUUUGUACCUUGUUGAGGAUUAUUUCCUAAAUUAAACAGGAAAAAAAAGACAAUAUAGCUUAAUUUAAAAAAAUUCCAAGUCUGCUAGAUUGUUUAAAAAAAAAUUAUUGCCUAGAUUUUGCAAACGUGUUAACUACAAUCCACUGCUUACCAAUUCAACCCCAGUGAGUGUGUGUAUGUGCAUUAAAGUGCGUGUGUGUGCGCGUGUGCAUGUGCCAAGGUCACAUGAACUGUGUGUCAAACAUUCCUCAGGUAUACAGAGCGUGUAGAAUCAAAUGACUUGCAUCUGCAGCCCAGCAUUAACCCAUGCCGAGACAGAGCCUAGGGGAUGUGAAACCUUAAUGACAUCUCAGUGAGCUCUUCUCAGAGCAGGUGCCUCGCCGCCUCUUGCUUCUGUAAAUCAAACCUGCUUUGUUCAUUUUACUUAUUUAUUUAGCUUUAUUUAUUUAUAUUACUUGUACAUCUUCGCCAUCAUUUGUACUGUGCUGUGGUAUAUGCUGCCUCUCUAUAAGUAACAAUAAAGAGAACAUUUGUACAGGAUAUCCUGUGACAGUGGUAGCAGACAGAAAGCUCUCUGUGCAGGCUUUUGACAGGCAAACAGUCCGUGCACAGUCAAUAUAUUGAGGUUCUGAUUGAGGUUCUGAUUGUACAGCUCUGUGGAAUAGGUUGGUGUCUUGCAGGUGAGAUGUGCCAGGGUGUGCGUGUGAUUUGGGGUGGUAAAAGGCAUAUAGGGAAGUUUGCGUUAGUACCCAGCUGGUCUCUGUACCAAGUGAAGUUUAUAGGAAGACCUUGGUAUUGGAUUAUUGGAUAGUGUGAUACUCAGUUACUCUCCGUAAGUGAAUGGCUUACUGAAGAAUAGGCCUGCAGGUCUCUGGAAGUGUUAAUGAGUAAAGGCAUGGCGGUUUAAUGAGAGUGAAUGGGUUAAGAAAGUGAAUAAGUUAAUAGACUGAAAGUAGUCGAUGAGUUAAUCUGAGACUGAAAAGACUACCCGGUCUUCGGCAUUGAACAAGCUUGCACUCACAUUUCUCUGGCAGUGUGUGGGUUAACAGCGGUCCGGUGUUAAAUGAAAUGUUAUUUGAGUAAUGCUGUUUGAGUAACCUCCUGUCUCUCUUUCUCUGCAGUGUCAAGAUGGAAGAGACUCAGAUAUAUAACCAGCGGCUGCAUGGAAUCACAGUAGGUAUCACUGUAACACUGAUCCAAAGAGCUUACAAUCUAACAGACUGGGGCACAUAGCUUUACAGACAGAACCACCAAGGUAAUGGAUUAAUGCAGAGUGUAAACAUUUAAUUUCCAGGUGGACAGAAAUAAAAAACAGUCCAAGGAAGCUACACUAGCGGAACUACUAGGGGAGAUUCUGGCCUUUGGGCUUACACUCUAAAAAAAAAAAAUCUAAAUAUAUACUUUGGAGAUGUUUGCACAACUACCAACUGGACAAGAAUGCAGGGAAUAAAAACAUUAUAUAUUUCAGAAAGGUAAAGAUGUAAUGCUCAGAAAUAGGAGCCUCCAGAAAUAGGGCAUCGGGUCUGAAGAGCUUGCACUCUUAUACAUAGAGGGGGGAUAUUCUGAGCUACACUUCUAACACUCUAAUAUAGUGAGAAACAAUGGGAGAAAUGAAGCCUAACCUGCACAGCUUGCACUCUAAUACACAAAUCGACUUGAGAUUAUUGCUGUUUCUGUUAUAGGAAAAGCGCGGGAUCCUCAUUCAGGUGGAAAAUAUACAGCGGGAACUGGAACAACAGAGACUAAAACUGCUGCAACUUAAGGUAAAAUUAAAUACCCCUUUAAAUGUUCCUUUAUUAACAUAUCAUGUAUUUUCACUGUAAAGUCCUACUUUACCUCUGUCAUAUGAUGGUGAGAAUCCCACCACUGUGAAAUAUGCAAAAUGCAUCAGGCUGUGCCUCUUUCCUGCUAUCUCAGAACUUUAAUGAAUACUAUACUUCAUUUACAGAGUAUUUACCUAUCCAGGAAUUGUGGGAAAACUGUCUCUAAAAUUGAUAUUUUUUAUUUAUUUAUUUGUUAUAGUCCAAUGACAGAAGCACAAACAGGUGUAUACAUGUCACAUUGAAACAAAGAAGUGGUAAAAGUUAACGUACCCCAUAUGUGGGCAUGUCUGCAGAAUUUUGGAAAUUUUAACAGAUUAAUGAACCUUAACCCCAUAGAAAGUAAAAAACAAAAUAACUUGUCUUGUCUUCAUAGUCAUACUUUUAGUAAACCACCAAGUUAAGGUAGUCUAAAACAAACAAAAUAAAACAUACACUGUAUCAUGCAAACCCAGGGCAUAUGGACUGCAACCUUGUCAAGAUGGCUGGGCAAGAAAGCUUAAUAUCAUCCGACCCCGAAGCUUGUAAAUCUGCUGUAAUAAACAUAGAAAGAGUUGAGUUUGGCAAAGUACCGUUGCCAAACGCCACAUCUCCAGGUCCAGGCCGAAAUAAGAACCCUUGUCCAUAGUCCACGAAACCCCUGCACACCGAAUGAGCGGGUCCGAGUACCGAGAGAGUCCCACGAGAGAUCGUCUGCUUCUCCCGUCCACAAAGCUCACCAGCCAGACUAGGCCCCAACACCUCUAGCUGCAUUGCUGUCUGGGAAGGCCACAAUCACAUGGGCUGUAAUUCUCUCACUGAAAUUCCAAAUCCCAGGAUUUAGAGUCAAAUAUGUAGACAGCUUACCACAAGCAAUUAGUCUCAGAAGACUGAUACAGGGUAAGCUUCUCAGCAGCAAUUUUAAAGCUGAAAAUGCGUAAAGUCUCAGGAGGUACUCUGUAAUGCAACCAGUCAAUACGGCAGUCAGACCCCGUCCCUGGGAUAUUGCUAAAACUGGCCAAAACGUUUAGUUAAGUUGUCAAUUCUCUGUUUUAAUAAACAAACCCCCAAACAUUAUCUGUAGCUAAAAGUAAUCUUCUUGCUGCGAGAAGUAUAUUAUUAUAGUUAUUAAGGUUUAUAGACCGCAAGUAUAUUCUCGUCACAUUAAACACAUUGUACACAAAACAAUUAAAUGGAAAAUCUGACUGUAUAUAAAAACCUAGUAAUGUUAAAAUACUCCUUCUCUCUGUGAAGCAAGAGUCAGUAUCUAAAUCCGUCUUCUGUUACCCUAGAAAGUUUAUUAAAGGGACAGUGUAGGCACCCAGACCACUUCAACUCAUUGAGGAGGUCUGGGAGCUAACUCCCAUCACCCUUAACCCUGUAAGUGUAGUUAUUGCAGCUUUUAUAAACUGUAAUAAUUACCUCGCAGGGUUAAGUCCUCCUCUAGUGGCUGUCUAUCCCUAUGGGAAUCCCCACAGGAAAGCAUUGAAUAAUGCUUUCCUAUGGGGAGGUCUAAUGCGCGCGCAGCCAUUGCGCAUUAGGUCUCGCUGGCGGGGGAUGAGUGUAGGCGGACCCUGACCCAGCGCCGAGGGACAUCGGCGCUGGAUUCUGGUAAGUGUCUGAAGGUGUUUUCACCCCUUUAGCGACGUGGGAUGAGGGGCACUGCGGGUUUGUUUUCAUGGCACUAGAGAAUCCCUUUAAAAUAUAUCAGUGCUAAUGCAAACACAAUAAAAAAAAAGGUGUACAUUUUGUGCCCUGAUUGUUGGAUAUAUAUGCACAUUAGCUAAUAUGAUUUUUAUUUUAAAGUCAGUCGUAAUGGGGAACUUAGCAGUUGAUACUCAGCAAUAUACCAUAACUCCAAACAUUUAAAAUAUUAGGUGACUUAAUAAUUUAUACAACUAAAAUAUAAUUUAGAUCAAGAACAAUGUAUCUUAUUUACACUGACUGAUUUCUAAACACAUUUAUUGUAGUUUAAAGACACAUUACUGGGAGUAUUAUUGCCGUGGAGCUCUGUUAUACACUCAGACACAUUACUGGGAGUAUUAUUGCUGUGGAGCUCUGUUAUACACUCAGACACAUUACUGGGAUUAUUAUUGCUGUGGAGCUCUGUUAUACACUCAGACACAUUACUGGGAGUAUUAUUGCUGUGGAGCUCUGUUAUACACUCAGACACAUUACUGGGAGUAUUAUUGCUGUGGAGCUCUGUUAUACACUCAGACACAUUACUGGGAGUAUUAUCACUGUGGAGCUCUGUUAUACACUCAGACACAUUACUGGGAGUAUUAUUGCUGUGGAGCUCUGUUAUACACUCAGACACAUUACUGGGAGUAUUAUUGCUGUGGAGCUCUGUUAUACACUCAGACACAUUACUGGGAGUAUUAUUGCUGUGGAGCUCUGUUAUACACUCAGACACAUUACUGGGAGUAUUAUUGCUGUGGAGCUCUGUUAUAGACUCAGACACAUUACUGGGAGUAUAAUUGCUGUGGAGCUCUGUUAUACACUCAGACACAUUACUGGGAGUAUUAUUACUGUGAAGCUCUGUUAUACACUCAGACACAUUACUGGGAGUAUUAUUGCAGUGGAGCUCCGUUAUACACUCAGACACAUUACUGGUAGUAUUAUUGCUGUGGAGCUCCGUUAUACACUCAGACACAUUACUGGGAGUAUUAUUGCUGUGGAGCUCCGUUAUACACUCAGACACAUUACUGGGAGUAUUAUUGCUGUGGAGCUCUGUUAUACACUCAGACACAUUACUGGGAGUAUUAUUGCUGUGGAGCUCUGUUAUACACUCAGACACAUUACUGGGAGUAUUAUUGCUGUGGAGCUCUGUUAUACACUCAGACACAUUACUGGGAGUAUUAUUGCUGUGGAGCUCUGUUAUACACUCCGACACAUUACUGGGAGUAUUAUUGCUGUGGAGCUCUGUUAUACACUCAGACACAUUACUGGGAGUAUUAUUGCUGUGGAGCUCUGUUAUACACUCAGACACAUUACUGGGAGUAUUAUUGCUGUGGAGCUCUGUUAUACACUCAGACACAUUACUGGGAGUAUUAUUGCUGUGGAGCUCUGUUAUACACUCAGACACAUUACUGGGAGUAUUAUUGCUGUGGAGCUCUGUUAUACACUCAGACACAUUACUGGUAGUAUUAUUGCUGUGGAGCUCUGUUAUACACACAGACACAUUACUGGGAGUAUUAUUGCAGUGGAGCUCUGUUAUACACUCAGACACAUUACUGGUAGUAUUAUUGCUGUGGAGCUCUGUUAUACACACAGACACAUUACUGGGAGUAUUAUUGCAGUGGAGCUCUGUUAUACACUCAGACACACAGACUAUAUGGAGCUCCUAGAAAGGAGGGACAAUAGGAUAAAAAAGAGGGACAGGGGGAUUUGGGUCCAAAAUAAGGACUGUCCCUUCUAAAUAGGGGCAUUUGGUAGAUAUAAUGUAGUUUAAUCUUUCUUAUAAAGGAACACUCCUCAAAAAUUGAAUUGUUUUUCUGAAGUUGGUGCAGGGGAUGUUCAAAGAUAAUUAAGGUAUAUAAAAUAAUAGGCCCUGUCUGGACUGGGGCAUACACGCCUUUAAAGUAUGCAGUGUUUUGGAGAGUGUAAUGGGUAAAUAUGCAUGUUACUGGGCCGAGGUUUACACCAACCCUCUGUCUGAACAAGGCUGCAUACCAACUACAACACGGGGAAUUCCCAGGUAUGAGAGUAAAUAGCACAUGGUGCUUUCUGGUGCCUUCGAUCAGACAAAAUAAAUGUAAGAAAUUUCCACUUGGUCUGUGUAUUAUAUUUCUGUAAACACUGUUUGGAUGACAGAGCCCCCUUGAUAUUAACCUGCCAAUCACUAUUCCUCUCACAGAGGAAGUCCCUUCGAGAUCGAUGGCUAAUGGAAGGGCUGGGAUCAGCCCAAGAGGCAGAAAAUGAGAGUCCGCUGACCCAGACAGAGGGUAAAAUACAUCAACUGCAGCAGGAACUAGAGAGGUAAGAGUUAUACGUUGUGUAAAAAUAUAGGGAUGUCAGAUCCACAUUAAAAUAUUGUUUGGUUCCCUACAUUUUUGGUUCCCAGUGUACCCAGGUACUCGUCGUCAUGGUAACUGGAAAUGGCCACACAGGUAUGCUUCUAUAAGCCCUCUUAUGACUUUAUUUCCAUUAAGAUUGAGGGUUAGGCCUAUGACGAGUUGCUGUACACUCUAAAGGCCUCUCUUGUGACUUUAUUUCCAUUAAGAUUGAGGGUUAGGCCUAUGACUAGUUGCUGUACUCUCUUAAGGCCUCUCUUGUGAUUUUAUUUCCAUUAAGAUUGAGGGUUAGGCCUAUGACUAGUUGCUAUACACUCUAAAGGCCUCUCUUGUGACUUUAUUUCCAUUAAGAUUGAGGGUUAGGCCUAUGACGAGUUGCUGUACACUCUAAAGGCCUCUCUUGUGACUUUAUUUCCAAUAAUGUUGAGAGUUAGGCCUAUGACGAGUUGCUGCACACUCCGAAAGCCUCUCUGUAAACCCCCGUCUGUCAUAUUGCUAAAGAGCUCCUUGUAGCUCGGUCACCGCUUUGGCAGUAGGAUCACACUGAAGAUUUUGUAAAUGAGUGUGCAUCAUGUUGUUGCUGGAGUGUAUAUGUGAUAUAAUGGUUAAAUGAGUAUAAAUGAACAUAUUAGUGAGUAUUCUUCUCACACAUUAAUUCUUCUUUUCAGCCUCCAGUCUCGCUUGUUCCAUUUGGAAAACCCUGGAAUUAAAGACAUCAAAACGGAAAGCACUAAGGUAGCUAUAUCUAUCUGUUUUUUAUUUGCUCCGUUACAGAUCGCAGAGGGAUUUAAACGCCUCGAGUGUCAAGAAUAUUGAAAGCAAAGAUAUUCACUAAAGUGAAAACUAGAGUCAGGAAGUCAAAAUGAAUUUAAGUUUAAGGCCAAAGUAGCCAACUUGGAGGCAUAGCUGGCUUGGAGAAUUCUUCCAGUUUGACAGUUUUUGCCUUAAAUUUGACAUUCACUUUGAAUAUAUUCUCGAUGUAGUGAAUAACCCUGUGUGUAUUAAAAAGCUGUAUAAUGCUCAAAUGUAAUGUACUUUUUUAUAUUUAAUCAUGGACUUAAAGAACGUUCAGACAGCUGAAUGUAACAUUGCACAGACCAUAAAAAGAUACAGUCAUUGCUAUUGGACGUCUCUCUCCUCUUCUGUCUCCUGGAACCGACUUGGUUUUUGCUUUGAUUUAUUUAUUUAUUUAUUUAUUUCCCAUGUUAUGGCUGGCCUCUACCCAGGUUUUGUCAAAGAGGGACCAAUCAUAGGCCCCUUAUGGUAAUAUGGAUCCUGAUUAUGUUUUGAUACGUGAUAUCAUGUUGGGCCACUAAGUGCUCAAUCUAUUGACAACCGCUAAAUCGUUCCCUAAAGAUUUUUCUGCAUCGCACUGGUUAGUGGCGCGUACCAGCUUAUACCACGCAUUGAGGGUUUCAGGAUUAGUUGGGCUUUCUCUGUUGGUCAAUGCCAAUAUGUAGAGACACGCACUUUAUCCUGAAUUACAUGACAUUCUAUUUCCUCCUUGUGUUAUAUUUCCCGAAGUAACAGUUAGACUAGGCCAUGGGCUGGCCUCAGCCUAAUGAUAUCAUACAAAUACAGCGUUUGCUGUACAUAUACCCAGUGCAACAGACAGACAUGUAACUCACAAGCUACUACCAUAUAAUUUCACAUAAUGUACAUCAGUUGUACGAUUUGUCAACUUUGAAGCUAUGACGCACGGUAAUUUUCAGCUAAUUCUGUCCGCCACUAAUUGAUGCCCUAAGGUUUCUGUCAUUCUAUUUUGCAGGAAUAAAGGCUCAACAAGUUCCUAAUUUACUAAUGUGUCAACAACAUUUAAAGCCGUGUGUCACACAAUAGUCCUUGGAUUUAAGGAUCCUACUUACCUCCAUAAUACACAGUGUUAACUAUUUGGAUCCUUGCUUAGAAAGCCCUGAUUCAUAUUUUGUAAAAAGGCAAGAUACACUCUAUGCAUUCGAUAUGAAAUAUCUGGUGACACCUGUUUGAAGGCCACUGUAGAGGAAUUACAGUAAGGAAUGUUAAAGAGUACAAUUCAGGAAUACAUUUUAAACAACCCUAUAAUUACUGGGUGUCAAUAUGUUUUAUGAAAGAUAGAUCAUGUCAAAUAAACUUAAUUAUGUUCUAUGACGUGAGUAAAACUGUAGAUCAGGGUUUUGAUGUAGAUUUUGUAGAUUUUACCUAUUUAGAUAUUUCAAAAGUACUUGCUUUAUUACCACGGAGAAAACAAAUGUACAAAUUGGGGGGGAAAGCAGCUGAAAAGGAUUUGUGCAAAGGUUUAGCUAUUUGUGCUUGGAUUGAAAAGUGGCUAAAAGAUAGAGUGCAUAGAGUUGUUUUCAGUGGAACAUUUACAAAACAAACAGCGUUGGUAAGACGAGACUGGCCCGGGUCCACUUUUCUAAUGGUUUGCAGUUUAUUGAAGGCAUUAAUGAAAGAUUUUGCUAAAUGCUUUGAAAACUAUGUUUUAGAGUUUUCAAAUAUCAUAUUAGUCGAGAUAAUACAGUUUAAACAGAAUGCUAAUUCUCUACAGACAGUUGAAGGUGCAUUAUAUAGAAAAAGAAAUGUCUUAACAAUGGCAAUUAGAAGCUUUAAUCUGUAAGGUAAUAAAUACGUUAAAUAUUAUUUGCUUCUUUAUAAAUUAAUUAUAAGACCAUUUGAAUAGGUUGGUGCAAAUUUUUGGCAUUUUGGCAUUUUGAAGGAACCCAACCCCAUUGAAGUGGGGACCCAAACUUUUGGACACAAAAUGGCUCUAAAACACUCCUGGAAAGGGCUAGAGGGCUGCAAAAAGAAGUAAAAUGGGGGAACGAGUAGGACAAGUGCCUUGCAAACAAAUGUGGAUAGGGAAAUAACGUAAAAAUAACAUAAAAUAAGCAGCCGCUUAGUAGAAAACUCCCUAAUUCACAUGGUAUUAGGGAGCUAUCUACCAAAAGGCUGAAAGACCUAAAUUGGUCAAUUGAUCUUUCAGCCACAUUUACUAAUACUAAGUAAGGAUUACUUAGUAUUAGUAAAUUCAGCCCCCACUCGCUAUACCGCAAGUAGGGGUGUGUCUAGUAAACAGUAAGCAGCCAGUGGCUGUUCACUGUAAACAAAAACUAAAAAGCUAUUGCCCCCACCCCUGUGUGACGAGUGUGGGCCCUAAAUGACAAUAAGGCAAUAAAGGGGGGGGGGACUUAAUGUCCUUCCCCCCGGCUCCCACCCCUGCGCGGCGGGUGGGGGUCAUAAAUAACAAUAAGGGGCGGGGACCUACUGUCCUCCCCCCUGGCCCUCACCCCUGAGUGGCGGGUGGAGGCACUAAAAACAAUAAGGGGGGACCUAAUGUCCUCCCCUGGCCCCCAGCCCUGCGUGGCGGGUGGGGGCCCUAAAUAACAAUAAGGCAAUAAGGGAGGGGGACUUAAUGACCUACUGUCCUCCCCCCCCCGGUCCCCACUCCUGAGUGGUGGGUGGGGGCCCUAAAUAACAAUAAGGCAAUAAGGGGGGGGGACUUAAUGUCCUUCCCCCCGGCUCCCACCCCUGCGUGGCGGGUGGGGGUCCUAAAUAACAAUAAGGGGCGGGGACCUACUGUCCUCCCCCCUGACCCUCACCCCUGAGUGGCGGGUGGGGGCCCUAAAAACAAUAAGGGGGGACCUAAUGCCCUCCCCUGGCCCCCAGCACUGCGUGGCGGGUGGGGGCCCCAAAUAACAAUAAGGGGGGGGGACCUAAUGUCCUCCCCUCUGGUCCCCACCCCUGCGCGGUGGGUGGGGGCUCUAAAUAACAUUAAGGGUGGGGGCCAUAAAUAAAAAUCCCCCCCCCAGGUGACUAGGGGUCCCCAAACCCCUAGUCACCCCCUCCCCCCAUAAGUCUCUACAUUUACUUGUCACAGCACUCUGAUUGGUUGGCUUGAAAUCCACCAAUCAGAGUGCUCUGUGUCAUUUUACACUGCGUGGGAAAGUUCUUUGGAAUUUUCCCACGCUGUGUAAUUUGACUCAUAACACUCUGAUUGGUUACUUAAUCCACCAAUCAGAGUGCUCUGUGUCAUUUUACACAGCGUGGGAAAAUUCCAAAGAACUUUCCUAUGCUGUGUAAAAUGACACAGAGCACUCUGAUUGGUGCAUUUCAAGCCAACCAAUCAGAGUGCUGUGACAGGUAAAUGUAGAGACUUACCUGUCAGUCUCUUCAUUUACCUGUCAGAGCACUCUAAUUGGAUGGCUUAAACCCACCAAUCAGAGUGCCCUGAACCUAAUUGCAGGGCAAGGCUUCAUAAGCCUUCCCCCACCCUGGAGAGCUCAGUCUGCACAGAGCCCUCCAUGGGUGAAGAAGGAUUUUUAUUUUUUUAAGUGCCUUGGCUAUUCUGGAUUUUGAUUUGGCCUUUUUGGGGGCUGAAAAAAGAAGAUUUUAGAAGAAAGAAAAUAUCAAAUGGUACGUUUUAUUUUUUUUACAGGUACUUAACUAAUGGUCCCCCCCUCAUUAUUUUUAGGGUGAGGGGGGUAGGUAGGGGUAAUUGUUUUGGGGGGAGGGGGGUGACUAGAGGUUUGGGGACCCCUAGUCACCUAGGAGGGUGGGGGGGGAUUUUAAAUAACAAUAAGGGGGGGGACCUACUGUACUCCCUCCCCCCACCCCUGAGUGGUGGGUGGGGGCCGGGGGGAGGACAUUAGGUCCCCCCCAAUUUUUAUUUAUGGCCCCCACCCACCGCUCAGGGGUGGGGGGAGGGAGUACAGUAGGUCCCCCCCCUUAUUGUUAUUUAGGGCCCCCACCCACCGCGCAGGGGUGGGGGCCGGUGGGAGGAGAUUAGGUUCCCCCCCCCAUUUUUAUUUAUGGCCCCCACCCACCGCUCAGGGGUGGGGGCCAGAGGGGAGGACAUUAGGUGCCCCCACAAUUUUUAUUUUUGGUCCCACACUCCGCUUACGGGUGGGGGCCGGCGGGGAGCACAUUAGGUCCCCCCCCAAUUUUUAUUUAUGGCCCCCACCCGCCGCUCAGGGGUGGGGGCUGGGGGAGAGGACAAUAGGUCCCCCCCCUUAUUGUUAUUUAGGGCCCCCACCCACCGCUCAGGGGUGGGGGCUGGGGGGGACAAUAGAUCUCCCCCCUUUUUGGCCAAUCACAGCCAUGUCAUUAGUAGGCAUGGCUGUGAUGGCUUCUAAGAGCACACGAGUCAAAUGCUUGUUGAUUGGUUGCCCUGCGGCCUUUCAAAACGUGUCAUUAAAUCGCUGAACACCGAACUCCAACCCGAACAUACAGUGAUAUGUCCGUGUUCAGGGUCCAAAAAACGUAAUGUUCGGUACGAACCCGAACUUUUCAGUUCGGGUUCGCUCAACUCUACUGGUAACCUGUUCAUUAACAAGGUUUUACAAGGAAGAAAUGGUUACCCUAUGAGAAGGGAAGAGAUCUGAAAAAUGAAUUAUGACUUAUUUGGGGGCACAAUUAGAAAUUUUGAUGUUGCCGUUGCUGUUAUUGAUCCAAAAGAAAGAGAAUAUGUGAAUGGAUUUUGGCUAUUUUAGUGUAAAAUUUUCCUGGGUAAUUAGUAAAGCAAACAGAAAAUGCUAAUGACUGAACUUGAUGUACCGUGUCUUUGUUCAGUGCAAUUAACUCUGGCAGAAUGGGACAAUAUGCAUCACGCUUGCUGUUGCGUGUAGUAAAAUGCGUUGGUGACAUUACUUGCAAAUCUAUUCAGAAAAAAAUGCAAAUAAAAGAUAAUAUUCCAUCCGAUCAGCCUCUGUUUUACAAAGAAGAGGGAGGAUAGAGUUAAAACUGCCAUUUAAUACAUAACCAAUUUCUCUUUGCCUGUGAGAAGGCUAUUGUUAAUGCUGACCUGUUGAAUAACUGACUUAAUAUUUUACAGAAGUGUUUCCACCGAGGUCGUGUAGGUUGAAAAAUGAUCCUUGUCGUGGCAGGUGACCCUAUAGGGCUGUCAUUACAUAAAGGGAUUUGGCUAACUCCUGUUAUGAGGUAGUUAAGUUUCAAUUGUAAUUACGUGGUUCUGACUAACCUUGCCGGUGAAUAUUAUUUCAUAGCUGAAGUGGAAUUAUAUGUAAUUAUAUGUACAUUUUUCCAGUUUGGCUAAAUUUUGAAUCCAAACAAUAUGAGAAGCAAAAUCACAGUAAAAGCCCAGAUAGAAGAUAGGAGGUAUUUGAUAUACGAUUACUGGGUUAUUCAAAGUUAAUAUAAAUAAUUAAAAGUUAAAGGGACACUCUAGGCACCCAGACCACUUCAACUCAAUGACGUGGUUUGGGUGCAUAUUCCCAGGACCCUUAACCCUGGAAAGGUAAUUAUUGCAGUUUCAAUUAACUGCAAUACUUACCUUUAUGGGUUAACUCUACCUCUAGUGACUGUCUACCAGCCAGCCACUUGAGCGACUUUUGGUUGCUUAACUGACGCUGGACGUCCUCACACUAUGCAUAAGGACAUCCAGCGUCGCCCAAAACCUCAUAGAAAAGCAUUGUAUAAUGCUUUCCUGUGGGCCUGUUCUAAUGCGAGCGUGGCCAUUGCCGCGCAUGCACAUUAGGGGAGGAACAACGGCAGACCCCGAGCCAGCACCUCCCAUGGGGUUGGGGGAGCACUAUAUGGAGCUAUUGUGCCAGGAAACCAACUUUGUUUUCCUAACACUAUAGUGUUCCUUUAACAAACAGGGUUAUUCAAAGUGAAUUUCCAUUUUAAGGCCAAAACAGCUGAAUUGGAAAGAGUGAGCUUUGUAUCCAGUUCUGUUAACGUUUCUUUAGGGAAUGACGUUGUUGCUUUUUUAAAAUAACCGGGGGAAAAAAAUAGCUUUUCAGGAUAGAUGGCAUAUCAGGAAAGAUGGCAUAUCAGGAUAGUCACAAUGACAAAAAAAGUGCAAAUUGUGUCCUGCAAGGGUUAAAGGCUGUGUAAGUACAUACAGAAGAUUACUAAUUGGCAAGUCUGAGGAACCAGCUUAUUCCCAAAUAUUUUUGAUAGCGCUCUGCUUCUCAUUGGUCGAGUCCUUGAGUUGUAAUCUUCAAUCUUCAAUUUUCGGCUGAUGCUUACCUGCACUCAUUUGUGGAUUUCACAAAAUAGAUGUUUAACUGCGUACAGAAAAUGCAAACAAUAAAAGCUUUCAUACGGAUUGUAAAAUCUUAAAUUCCUGAAUAAAGAAGUAAAAAUAGUUUUCAUAUCAAUGUCCUCUCCCCACUCCGAUGCACUGGCAGCUGAAAAGUUAUGUUCGAAGAGUGCUCAUUACAUGAUGUACACUUGUUUCAGGAGAUGUAUUUAUUGUGUCACUGGUGUUGACAAAUUUCACUGACCAAUCAUCUUUUACAGAUUGUAAUGUCCUUCUUGUUUGUGAAACUUUGUGUGCGUUACUGUGUUGGAGUUAGGGGGAGAAUGGUAAUCGAGAAACCUUUGAUGUGUGCAUUUUAUGUGUGUUUUUGUAUAACUGUAAUAUGUAGGUUUAAAAAAAAAUCAUGGCAUUGGUUGCCACGUUUAAGGUUUGAAGCAUAUGUGAAAAUAACGAUUGUAUCAAUAAUAAUACAUGAAAUUCUGAUUUUCUUUAAGGUUACUCCUACUCCAGAAAUACAUCUUGUGAAUGGUGAUCAAGAACAGAAUAUAUCAAAAUCUACUGAAGACCACAAAGAUGACAGUUCCCUAUUGAACGUCCACAAUGAGAAUAAAAGUGCCUCGGGACGCCCCAUUCCUGCUCCGAGAGCAAACAGAGCUGAUACUCCAGAAAAAAAACAAAAUCAUGAUGCACAUAAUGAUGACAAGCAGUCUGAAAUAUAUGAAAAACAGAAUGUGGAAAUUCUAGACCAAAGUCAAGAAGAUCCAGCUAAGGGCCAGAAACAUCAUAACUUUGGACAAAUGGACAAAAACGUUGAAUUUCAAGAGCAUGCCAUUGACAAUCAGAAUGAGAGACUUCCAGACGAAAGCCAAGAACAUCAAAAUCAGAGUGAAAAACACUUUAAUCCAGGAGACAUCAUGCACUCAGCGUUGUCCAACACUGAAGAGGUGGAUGAAAUGCACAAUCCAUCGGCCAAAUUAUUAGCACAAAGCCAAGAAUCUGGAAUAAUGAGUGGACACCAGACACCGGAUCAUAAACCCACUGCAGUACCCUCAGAAAUUAGUGAUGUGGCUAUAGUAACAACCGAAUACAAGUCCCAGGACCAAAAUGACAAAUCAGCAUCAACUAUCAACAACCAUGUUGAAGAAUCAGUUCCAUCAGAUAACAAUCAGGAGAUUGACCAAAACCAGGAGUUUAUGUCUGUGAACCUAGACCAAAAGCACGAUGACACAACAAAGACCAAAGACCAAAAUGCAGAUCUUCAUGCAUUUAUCCAAGACCAAAACCUGGUUAUUCAGUCACCAAAUGAAAACCAAAUCCAAGAACUCAAAUCAUCCUCACAAGAUCAUUACCUAGAUCCAGUAUCAGAGACGCAAGACCUAAACCAAGAGUGCACUUCAUCUACCAAAGACCAAAAUCAGAAUCCUGCUCUAACGACUCAGGACCAAGACUACAAAUUACUGACCCAAGACCAAAGCCAAGAACCAGCUUCAAUUACCCCAACCUUAGUUCUAACCAAUGACCAAAACAAUGAGCACAUUCCAGUGACCCAAGACCAAAACCAAGAACUUAUAUUACCAGCACAAGACCAAAAUCAGGGACAGAUAACAGAACUGGUAUCUUAUGAUCAUGCCCAAAUUCAGGAUUUAACACUGCCAGACCAAGAUCAAAGCCGGAAAAUAUCACCACCUCGUAAAGACCAAAAUGAGGACUAUUUUCCAUUUUCUGAAGAUCAGAAACCAAGCACUGUACUCCAGUCUAAAAACCUAGUUCACGAGACACAAGCUCAUAUUUCCCACGUUGUUGUUGUAGCUGCACCAGCGCACAAUACCCCUGAUUCAGGACAGGGCCAGCAUAGCUCGAAUAGUCAGCAGGUCUCCAGUGCUGCAAUAUAUCCUCUUGAAGAUAGGCCAUUACUGAAGAAAGAUGAGAAGCUAAAUGCCAGUUCCAACACCGCGGAAUCACAAAGGGAGAAGGCUCGGGUAAAGGAAAAAACAUGCCAGUGCUGUGUUGUCAUGUGAGAUCUCUAUUGUUCCUGAUUUAACAAGACCAGGAGCAAAUAAGUGGAGAAAACAAAUAUUGUACAUUAUAAUAUAGAAUAAACAGUGUGUAUAUGGGGCGGUUAAGACACUCUGCAUCAAACUGUAUAUUAAAAGGCAAAGUGUGAAGCAUUUAUUUUUAGAUCCAAUUAAUAUUAUUCUUGCUUUUAAAAAAAGCCGUACCCUGGAGACUGACUUAUGAAGCUGGUGAAAUGAGCAAAAAGCACUGGUAUGAAUUUUGCUUUAUAGAAAUAUAUAUUAUUAUAUUAAUUCCUUUUAAGGUUAGCUUUUUAUGUUAAUGCACACAAUGGGUAGUAGAUAACAAUUUAAAAUGUUAUUAAUUAUAGCGAUCAUGAAAUAUUCAUAAUAAAAUGUAAGAGUAUUUCCAUAAUUUUGCUUUAUAUCAAAGUUUUAUUUUAUAUUAUUUUAAAAUGAUUGCUUUUGGACAGUGACUAAAUAACACAAUAAACUGUUUUUUUUGUUUUGUUUUAAAGGGACACUUUAAUUUUCAGUAUGACGUUUACUUACUUGUAUAUUUAACAAUUAUGAAUUUGCGAGGUGUGAAAAAUUAAAAUCUACACCUAUUUAUCCUGCAAAUGGGCGCUGCCAUCUUAGCUUCCUGUCAUUAAUUGUUAUAAACUCUGUCCUUUGCAUCUGGCAGGCACCAUAGAGGUAGCAUACAGAGGAGGGGAGAAAUGAAGCCAUGCUUUUAUUUCACCCCAUCAUUUGUACUAUUUGUCCUGGCAUUGCCUUGUCUGAAUGGAAUCAUUAUGCCAUUUGUUAAAUCUUUGAUACGAAUUUGCAAAAAAAAACCAUCUCAUUAAAAAUGGUUUGCACAAGUUAUAAUUGUUUACAUUUUUUUAUUUAAUGGUGUAAAUUCCUCAGAAGUGACAGUUCCCC